AUGGGGAAUCUCGUGCUAGAUCCGCAGAUUCGCGAGUGGGUGCUGGUGCCGCUGACGGUGGUGAUGAUCCUCAUCGGCGUGCUGCGACACUUUGUCGCGAAGCUCAUGCGAUCCGAUACGAAGGCAGCUGGUGAUUCGCGCGCUGGCAACUUGAGGGGAGCGGGAGGCUUCAUCCCCUCGCGCAGCUUUGCACAGCGGCGCCACCUGUUCUGCAACGAGGAGAACGGGCUGCUGCAUGUGCCCAAGGGGCAGGCCGGCAAUCCCCAGGCGGCCAUGUUCUCAGACCCCAACGUGGCCAUGGAUAUGAUGAAGAAGAAUCUGUCCAUGAUCAUCCCGCAGUCUCUCACCUUCGCUUGGGUCAACUUCUUCUUUUCCGGAUUUGUUGCGGCCAAGGUGCCCUUCCCCUUGACCCAAAAGUUCCGGGCCAAGGUGCCCUUCCCCUUGACCCAAAAGUUCCGUGGCAUGCUGCAGAACGGCAUUGAUCUCAGCACAGUGGACGUCAGCUUUGUCAGCAGCCGCUCGUGGUACUUCCUUAAUCUUUUUGGGCCUUCGGGGCUCUUCACACUCAUUCUUGGGGAGGAUAACGCCACGGAAGACACACAGCGAAUGAUGGCCAUGCAGAUGAGUGCAGCCACGGACGACACGCAGCGAAUGAUGGCCAUGCAGAUGGGAGGGGUGGGCGCCGACCCUACCAAGCCAAGCAAGGUGACGUUUCAGGUGUAUAGCAGCUGUGGUGGCCAUGGAGAUGGGAGGAGCGGUGGGCGCCAAUCCUACCGAGGUACGGUGGUGACCCACCCACCCAAGGUACGGCGGUGCAGACCGCAGCGAAUGAUGGCCAUGCAGAUGGGAGGAGCGGUGGGCGCCGACCCUACCAAAGGUGUGGGUAAAGGUGAUGCCAUGCAGCUGGGAGCGGUCGGUGUUGACCCCACCAAGGUACGGCGGUCAGUCACCCACACAGGGCUUUAA